AUUAUUGUUUUAUACUUUCAGAGAAAAAUGGAACCGAUGAACCUUGGGUCACCGGUCAGAGAUUAUUUAAGUUCUCCUUACCAUUUUGGUUCUCCAGUAUCUCCUGGUACUGGAGCUAGUUCUCAGGGUGGGGGAGCAGGUUAUCUUCCUGGAUAUCUUAUGGGAGAUUCACACCAGAUAUCGCCAGCAUCUCCUCUUAUUAACAGGCAGCUGAAUUCCCCUGGCAAACUGAACCGUUCCAUGAGCAAUAUGUCGAAUGCAGGAGGAGGGCUGACUAGUGUUCCAACCACACCUCUACCCUACCCAUCAACCAGAGGUCCGGGGUUACUCAAGGAAAACCUUAAUCAUAGUGGUCGUCUUCAUUCCCGAGCAGAUAAACCCGGAGGCCCCCCUACUACUAGUUUAAUGGGCGGACUCACACCAAACUCAACCAUCAACUCUCCAUUCAAUAGUAGGUUUGAUAAUACUGGAGGAUUUGAUGGAACUCCAUCAAGGACACAAGAAAUUAUACAGGGAGAGGAGACCUGUGACCCCCUGAGUUUAUGGGUGACAGUAUUCGGAUUUCCUCCCUCUGCUGCCUCCUAUAUAAUCUCCCAGCUAUCCAACUGUGGAACCAUCCUUCAGCAUAUACUGCCACCUAACGCUAACUGGAUGCAUAUUAGGUUUCAAACAAGACUGCAAGCUAGGAAAGCGCUUGCUAAAAAUGGAUCCGUUCUUGGCGGAACAAUAAUGGUAGGCUUGGCUCCCUGCACGGACAAUAGUGUUCUUGAUCAGGGUAACCUGAAUACUAGUGUACUAGACUCUAGUCUGGCAGGAACUGGAGUUGCAAACAUAUCCACCAACGGACUUGGAACACCUAGAACUAUCCGACCUUUGACUCAAGCCUUCAAGGAAGCACAAACAGAAAACAAGGUUGUACCCGGAACGAAUACCCCUACUAGAAGCAAUGGGAUUGUGGGAAAAGCUAUGGAGUACAUAUUUGGCUGGUAGAUAAAAACUGAUAAAUCUAGGAACUAAUUCAAACUGUUUUUAUCCAGCAACCAAACAUGUUUUACAUAUUUUUACAUAUUUCAGAA